AGAAGACUUCAAAAAGUCAUAAUUAUUUGGAUUGGGUUCCCUUUCUCAUGCAUGGCCACUACGUACUCUGGGUACCGUACUGUGAGAGUACGAGUACGAGCAUAGCACGAGUCUCAGUCCAAAAUCCAACCAGGUAGACUACUAGCAUCUAGCAUGUAGUUGCCAAAAGGGGUCCGCGACAACCUCUUCAAACGAGAAAAGAAGAAAAGAAGCAGGAUCACUGCUGCCGAUUGCCGAUGUACCGCUUGCCGGUAAUGGGCGCAGCUCCGGAAGCUCCAAGUGAAGAGGCUUCUAGCUAGCUCUAGCUGGCUAUCAUACUAGUAGGCUCUUACCAGGCUUUUGGCGAUCAUCGUAGUCAGAUCUCUGGAUAGAUACAUCUUGCCUUUGCGCUUUGCGACUGCUCUCAUAACUUGGAUCUGAAGCAGUUUGGAAAGCAAUCCAUCACAAUAUCUUUGAUCCCUUUCAAUACAUUUACUGUCUGUCAAACAACUGCACAACCGCACAACCACCAUGGACAAUACUUCAGUGACGAAGGCUGCCUCCAACAGCGGGGAGAUGGGUCGCAGGUACAGCAGAGGAAGAAAGAAGCCAAAAGUUGCCAUUAUCGGGGCAGGAGUGGCAGGAUGCGCCAUGGCAGCCGCCCUGAAGGACCAGAGGAUCGACUUUGUGGUCUAUGACAAGAACUCCAAACCAGGAGGUCUCUGGGCAGACAACUAUCCUGGUGCAAAAGUCCAAUCCACCUUUGAACUGUACGAGUAUCCUUGCAAGAAGUUCCCAGAGCACAUUCGCAACCGCAAGAAUCCUCCUUCCCCUACGGCGGAUGAGGUAUGCACUUACCUCAAAGAAUUCAUUGAAGAAAAGGGGAUGAAGCACAAGUUCAAGUACAACACCAAGAUUGAUGACAUUCGACCCGUGUCCGAGGGUGAAUGGACCAUUGAAUUUGAGAGUGGCAAGAUGAAGUCGUUCUCAUAUGUCAUCAUCUGCACAGGAAUUGUCUCGGUCAAGCCACGAAUGAUUGACAUUCCCGGUGCCAAGGACUUUGAAUGGAAUGGUGGAGAGGUCAUUCAUUCUUCCCAGCGAAAAGGAGAGACGUUCCAUUAUGAAGACCAAAAAGUCCUCAUCAUUGGCAAUGGCAAGAGUGCCGUCGAUGCAGCAACCAGUGCAGCCUUGAUUGCCAAAGAGCACGGGACAAAGCCUCCCAUUCAAGUUGCCCGCAGGGCUGCUUGGUAUGUUCCCCGCUUCAUCCUAGGUUCCUUCCAAUACAAGUGGGUCUUCCAUACCCGCCUAGGAUCCUCCCUCCUCCCAAGAUAUCACGAGACCACCAACUGGAUUCUCAUCUUCCUGCACUUGCUCUUUGCUCCUCUCAAGUGGUUCCUCUGGCGUAUUGUAGAGCUGCUCUUGUUGAUUCAAUACUGGUUGCCUUGGCGUCUCCAGCCAAGACUCGGAACCAUCCUACGGGGAGCUCUGGAUGUUUCCGUCUUGAUUACUGACGAGGAACAUUUGCACCGGCUCCGCAGUGGUGAAAUUGACAUGAGAAUCGCUACUGUGGAGCGCCUCACGCCGGAUGGUAAAGCCAUUCUGAGUAAUGGUGACGAAGAACAGGUGGACACUGUGAUUCAGGCCACCGGAUGGAAACUUGGCUUUGACACGUACAUGGACACUGGCUCCCUCAUCCGUGAGCUUGAUAUCCAAGAAGACGGCCUGUGGCUGUAUCACAACAUCCUGCCUCCCAAGAUCAAAGGCAUUGCCUUUGUUGGCUCCAAUACCCUCACAUUCAUGAACAUUUAUACCUCCUACAUCCAAGCAUACUGGCUGGCCGGAUUGUUGGCCGGUGACCGGCCAUGGCCCAAACGCGAUCACAUGAUUGAGAAGGUGGAACAAGACAAAGCCUUCAAGCGACGUCUCUAUCCGAACCAUGUUAUGCGUGCAGCCUCCAUUGAGGCAUACAUGCAACACUACCAUGAUGUGCUGUUUAAGGAAAUGAAUGCCAGAAAGCCAUUUACCAACUGCCUCAUUCGGCCAUUUGCAGAUCUCGUUGUCCCAGUCACUCCGGAAUUGAUGAAGGGAACCCUGGAGCCCACCCGUGAGUCGAGACGAGAGAACCACAUGAAACGAAAGCAAAGGAAAAGCUUGGAAAACGAAGACACAUCAACGACAAAGGAGGGGGCAAGAUCAGGGUUUCUGGCUAAUCUGAGUGAAGAACUCGAACCACCUCCGAGGGCUACUGUGCCCGUGGAGCUGGCAUAGUCUGGUUGUAGGAAAUAAUGUAUUCAGGGAAUCAAUUUGUACGUA